CAUACACACCCCAGGUUCUCCAAUGACAGUCCUGGACCGAGUUGUGUCUUCAUAUGCUUCCUCUUUGAAGUCGUUUGUCCUUGGCAGGAGACAAAAGCAAACCACGAUCGCCCAUUCCGGUCGAAAGGCGCUGUUGGUGGGCGUUGGCGAUGCACAAUAUAUGCCGAGGCUGACUCCUCUCCCGUUUGUGGCAAGAGAAAUCGACCAGAUAGAAAAGAUCUGUGCCUCUUUUAAGCUGGAAUCUACCACGUUGAAAGAGCCAAUCACGCGGCAGGUUCUGGAUAAUAUGGAUGGGUGUGCCAUAUUUCAUUUCGCUGGCCAUGGUCGUGUCGAUCCCCUGGAGCCGUCACAGAGCGGUAUAGUCAUGAGAGAUGGUCUUCUUACCGUUGCCAACUUGAUGGACGCCAAACUGCAGUCCAAGCCUCCUUUCUUGGCUUUUCUUUCAGCAUGCCUUAGCGGCGCUAACGACGUCAUUGAACUUCAGGACGAAGGCGUUCAUCUCAUCAGCGCGUGCCAGCUCCUCGGUUUUCGGCACGUCAUUGGGACGCAGUGGCAGGUCUCGGAUUCCACUUGCGUCGAUGUAUCCGAGGCUCUGUAUACUGGGCUUGCCAAGAGUGGAAUGGCAGACGAUUCUGUUUGUCGCAGUCUUCAUAGGGCUCUUGUAGAUCUUCGGGAUCACUGGGUCAAAACUGGUCAGAGUUCGAUUCGAGGUGGUUUCGAUAGCCAGAGUGAGAGCUAGCGGGAGAGGGAAAGGAGUGGUGAGGAGGUUAGAAGUUAUAAUAAGGAGGACGAAGAGGAGAAUAGGGAUAUUCCGAGAGAGCGCAGAGACGCUAGGCUCCUGCUUGAGGGUGAAUCGGCCAAGGACUUGGUGAGAGCUGACUGGAUUCCGUAUAUUCACUACGGCCCAUUGGUUGCUGGCUUAAAAACUGAUACAUUUUUGGACAAG